GGCGAACCUUACUCAACUCGGCUAAUCUACACCAAAGACCGGGCCCACACGCCGCCUCACUGCCCCUCCGCAAUGUCAGCUCAGCAAAGUGACGUUGAGAGUUUUCAAGGCCCGCAUCAAGCAUUUUCAAUCUUCAACAUCAACGUCAACCUCCUCUUCUCCCACAACAAUGAUCCUGGCCGCGCAGAAUCGCCUACACGACACCGCCCGCGCCAUGGACCAGCAAGACCCCCCCGAGUUCAUACUCGACGUCUUUGCUGAUCCCCGCUCCGUCCGCGACGUCGUCAAAGGCAUCCUGCACACCAUCUUCUUCCACCGCUUCUUCCCGUCCCUCACCCCGCAGACCCGCGAGGUCCUCGACCUAACCCUCCCCUACGUCGACGAUGACGAGCUCGAGAUCAUGAUUGAGCAGCGCGCUACCGCCCUCGAGAGCCAACUUGACGCUCAGCGCUCCUCCUCCAGCGGUAAUGCCAACGCCACCAGCAACGGCGGCGCCCCCGGCGGUGGUCGCGGCCAGCUCGUCGUCCAGUUCUUUGAGAAGCGUCGCCGCAAGGCCUGGCUGUCCCGUGGUGAUGAGGAGGUCUGUUGGGAGUGCUGGACCAUCAAGGUGACAGUGGCAGAGCCCAGGACCGAAAGCGAAAGAGCAAAGGUUCGCCGCGCUAUGGAACAAACCCUCCUGACUACCGCCAUGAAGAUUGUCACAUUCGCCAACACCCACAAAGACCACAUACCCCCGAUUACCACACAAGGCACCAACCCGUUCCCCUACAAGAUCAAUCUCGACCAAAAGGAGACGAGCUGGGCCACCCGCAUGCGCAUCUACUAGUAGCAAAAGCGGCUGCAGCACAUGUAUACGUUAUUGGGUUUCCCUGUUCGUUGGAUAUUUCUCCAACUCUAGGGGUUAGUUAGAGAUGGGCGAAGGGCCCAUACACGAUGGAACUGUCGCUCUGUACAUACAACAUCUUAAUUUGGGCAUGGGCAUCAUGGGCGUUCAGGAGGCGGAGUCACGGUCAGGGUUUUAGCUGCCAGUAAUAGAUACCCCGUUGACAUGGCUGACUCGGUGAAUACACGAUAAUUGUAU